UAUAUAAUUGCCUUAUUGUGCACUACUUUGAGCUCGGACUCCACCACAACGGAAUACAGAACCCCAUUGCAACAGUAUGGACGAGUUUUUAAGAGACAAUCCCGACUUUGGGACCAACUCUCAAGACCAAACACCAUCCUCGCGCCCAAACAGUAAUUCUGCUGGAACUGGACCUAAUACUGGUUCUUCAGAAAACUCCAAUUUCGCUGGCGACUUGGACCCAAUGCAUUUUGGAAUGAGCGGACUAUCACAGACAGUAAGUAAUGAUGGUUAUGGCAAUGCCAAUUUCUAUUCAGAUCCUAGGGAUGACUUUUUAAGUCCAACUACAAGUUAUUCUAAUGAAGCCAAUACUUUUGGGUUAUCUUAUGACCCACAAAUGGAGGAAUUAUAUACCAGUGCAUCUUAUCCACAGAAUGCUUCCCAACAACAACCAUUGCAACAACAGUUUAAUGCGUUUCAACUGUUACUGCCCAACUUGGGUCUGCCACUGUCUCUGCACUUCCAAGCAGGAUACAUAAAUCCACUGAAUACGACAAACUUGGAUGAACUUAUAUCUCCGAGUAGUACAAUCAAUGGAGGUGGUGGAUCUGCGCAAGAUUCUGGAAGCUCAUUCCUUAAUCCUCAGUAUUUCUCCCCUCCCACCAAGGGUGGACUCAAUUAUAAUGGACUUAAUCCAAUAGCUGAAGGAGAUGAUAAUAUCAAUACACCUUUAGGUUCAAGACAUGGGAGCAUUAGUAUUCCAUUCGGUAACAAUAGUAAUCAAAAUAAUGUUGGAGGAGUUGAUAUGACUGGAUAUCUUUCACCUAGUGCUUAUAUGUCACCUCAAAACAACCUCAACUCAGCAGAUUUACUUCGUUCGCCAUCAUAUGGAAAUAACGGGGGAAUAAAUGUUUUAGGAGGAGGGGGAGGUGGAGCUGGUUCAUACCUUAAUUCUCCUCCUGAAUUUACUGGAAUUAAUAUUGUUCUGCCGAAUAAUCCAUCUGGAGGUAUUUCUAUCCCACAAUCCAAUACAGUCGGAUCUAUUAAUGAUUCUCAAUUACUUUCACCACCAACAGGAAGAGUAAGCACUUCACCAAGUUCAAAUUCAUCAAGACAAAUGACUAAAGAAGAGAAAUUGAAAAGACGUAGAGAGUUUCAUAAUGCAGUGGAAAGACGUCGUAGAGAUUUGAUUAAAGAAAGGAUAAAACAACUAGGACUAUUAGUGCCACCAUCAUUAUUAAACCCUCAACUUGUUGCAGUUCAAACUCUUCAAAGGAAUUCACAAUAUAAUUCCCGAGAAGUAAAUGAAUUAAUUUCCAACGUUAAGGCUAAAGAAUCCAAACCAAAUAAAAGUACCAUUUUAAACAAAUCAGUUGAUUAUGUGGCACAUCUUGAAUAUGUACUUGAACAACAAAAGAGUACACGAGAAAGAUUAGAAGAAGAAAUCAAAGAAUUAGAAGAUCGAUUAAAUGGAAUUCAAUUCAAUUCGACAAAUUCAACAAUUGCCUCGUCAACCAUUUCAGAAUCAAAUUUGGGAUCCAACAAUAGACUGUACAACAAUAACCAUAACAACAAUAGUAAUAUUAGUAAUAACAAGGAUAAUUAUAAUCCUGAAUACAUUAAACAACAAAUUAAUACCGAUGAUUUGGGAUAUCAAAUAUCAAAUCCAAUUUCAGAAACUACUCCAACGAUAAAUAUUGACAAUAGUAAUGCAGCUGGAAGUUCGAAUUUUGAUCCAGAUGAUUUUUUCCAAACAAAUUCGGAUUUUAUUGAUGACGUUUACAAUGUUAAAUAAGAUUUCAAUUAGUUUUAAUAUAUAUAUAAAUAUAUAUAGGUAUAUAUUACUUAGAGAGAGAGAGUGUGUGUGUGAGAGAGAUCAUAGGAGGUUAUAAAUAUAUAUACU